ACUAACCACCCUACCUAGUCAACGAGGAUGGUCGCGGGUGCUGUCCAGUGGCUUUCCCGGCGCCUAGCGACGCUCCUUCGGCAGCGUCCUCGACCACGCUUGGGUGCGUUCGCCCUUCCUCCUGAGAUUAUCUUGAUGGUCACUACAUAUCUCACCGAUCCGUCCGUCAUAUCUCUCGCUUUGACCUGCCGAACUCUUCACAGCCUUUGCUUUCCCCGACACCCGCGUCUAAACACGGCAGAGAAGGAAGAGCUGUUGCUCUGGCUGGAGAAGGACACAGCCACUCUAUAUUUCUGCCAUUAUUGCGCGAAGCUCCAUCGAUGGCACACACGCUGGGCCAAUUCCAUCUCCGAGGAGGAUUUGCCAUGCGAUAAACACCUUCUAUUCAGCUCCAUUAGCUUCGCACCUGGCGACAUCUCAUAUCACCAUGCGCGCUUGGUGAUGAAUCGACAUUUUUACGGUCCCUCCCACGGGCUGCCUCUCCACAAACUCGAGAAGCGGAUCUGGUUGCACAGUCUUCGAAACACGGUCACGUAUUCUGCGUCCCUGCAUGCACGCAUCGUCGAUGAUAAACUUCUAGUGUUAUCAGUUAGAACCAUGUAUCAUCCACGAGGUGACUCGGGGCUACUUAGGGACUAUAUCGAUUGCUGGGCAACCCAAGCCUGUCAACAUCUCACCCUAGGAAGAGGAUGCCCUAAUUACGCUCCCAAGCAGCUUCCUGAGCUAGCCAAGAACAAAACUACGCCUGGCCGUUUCGCACCUUGCGAGCAAUCAUUCGGAUCCUGCACCUUCUGUCCAACAGACUAUUGCAUCGACAUAUCCUGGCGCGGCAGAAAGAAGGGUUAUAUCAUAAAAGUAUCUAUUUAUCGCCAGCUUGGGGACUGUAGAUCGCCGUUUGACUGGAGCUGGCGUGCUAUGACAACCCUGACGAUAGAAGAACCACGAACGGCGUUUCCGCUAGAAUACAGGCCUGGAAUUAUUAGAGACAGAUGGAAUAAAGCCGACGGUAUCGAUAGCAGGACCCAAGGCGAAUGGGUUGAGAUACCUGGACUGGCUUCGUUAGGACGGCCAAGAGCCCGUGCUGCUGUGGCCCUUUAAGCAAGCUCACGGCAAACUCUUAUACGAGUAACAGUUACGCGUAGAUAGUUAGAAACUGAAAC